AUGGCCGCUCCGUUCGCCGUCGAGGAGCAGGCGACUGCGCCCAUACACAUGGACACAGCAAUCGAGUCGCAAUGGACGCGCUUUGUUGCCGGGGGAGCCGCAUCGGCCACUGCAGAGCUCUUGACGCUGCCGAUCGACAUCACCAAAGUGCGGCUGCAGACACAGCACCACGGGGGCCCUGUGCUGGGAAGCGGCAGCAGACCCGCCGUCCAGUACAAUGGGAUGAUCCAUGCGGCCCAGACGAUGGUCCGGCACGAAGGCAUUGGCGCGCUCUGGAACGGCGCGACGCCUGCGCUGCUGCGUCAGGUGUCGUACACGAGCAUCUGUAUGGCGCUCUACGAACCGCUGCGCAAUGUGUUUGGCGCGACUGCUCGCGGUGACGCGGGGGCGAACGCGGACGUGCCGUUCGUCAACAAGUUCCUGGCCGGCGGCUGCGCUGGCGCCAUCGGCAUCAGUCUCGCCAACCCUGUCGAUGUGAUUAAGGUGCGCAUGCAGGCGAGUCGCUCGGGCAGGAUGUACCGCGGCGUGGCGGACGCGUUCUGCACCAUUUACCAGCGGGAGGGCGUGCGUGGCUUCUUUCGUGGCAUGCCGCCGAAUAUCCAGCGCGGGUUCAUCGUCAAUGCUGCAGAGCUGAGCACGUACGACCACACGAAGGAACUGCUGGUCGCGUCGGGACUGCUGGACGAGGGCGGACUCGCCCACACGAGCGCCAGUUGCGUGGCCGGACUGGCGGGUGCGACGGCGUCUAAUCCGAUCGACGUCGUCAAGACGCGGCUCAUGAGUCAACCAACGGACGCAAGGGGCAAAGGACUGUAUUACAACGGCAUGCGCGACUGCAUCCGAAAGACCUUUCGCGAAGGAGGCGCAAGUGCCUUUUACAUGGGCUUUGUCCCCAAUUGGAUGCGAAAAGCGCCGUGGUGCAUCGUCUUCUUCGUCACGUACGAAAAGUACCGCGCGAGUCUCGCGCCUGUCGACGAGCUGUAG